UAAUACUGCCUACGCUUCCUGUGAAGACUAAACGAGAUGAUGUGUGUAAAUCACUCAGCUCAGCUCCUGGCACCUGCUACUCAAUAUAUAUAACUCUUCUCUCUCACGUCUCCCAGCCUUGUCUUGAGGAGAUCUCUGAACCACAAAUACCAGUUGGCAAUGAAGUCAGGGGACCAGGGAUGAAUACCAACACUUCCCAUUUUUAGAGUUAUGCAAGUCUAGCAGCUUUCCCUCCACAGUGACAACACUCAGAGAUUUGUAGAGCAGAUGUCUUAGUGUGAAACUGCUCCCUGGAUGUGUCUGAUGAAUGUUUGCCGACAAAUCUGCACAAGCGCUGACCUUCCUCCUAGUGCUGCCUUCCAGCACCAGCCUCAGGAGAUCCACAGUGGCACCUCCCUCUCUCUGUGUCCUCGGUUGCUAAGGGGGCUGUCUUGUGUGUGAUGCCCCAGCUGCAGGUGGGAGGUCAUAAGGCUGGCUGGACCAAGCGGCUCCAGUCUGGACCCGUGCCAGGGUGCUCUCUCUCCUCCAAGAGAAGGCUCUAGAGAGCAGUCCAGACAGAAAGAGUCUGGGAAGGGGCCGCUGCCUGGUGGGGCAGCCUGUCCAAGUGCAGAGCACACAGGUUUCCAGACCCAUUCGCAGUUAGGAGGGUGCUCCUUUGGCCUUGCUCAGGGCUGAUGAUUACAGGUCUGAGCUUCAAAGCCAGUUCCAAACCCGUUUGUAACUCACCUAAUUGCAGCCCGGGGACUGGGCGAGCAGGCCAAGCCCGCCCGAGUGGGCACACCGGGCCACGGGUCCCUCCGAGGCUGGCACUUCCAGCCUGAAACGCAGUGCGGGAACCAGGGGUCCAGACUUGGCCACUGCGUCUGGCAGGCUUCUCGCGGUAGAAGCCAUCUCUGGUGUUGGGUGGCGGUCCUUACUGCUCCCUGUGUCCACGCCUCCUCCGCCUGGCCCACGUCUGCUCUGUCAGGUGGAAAUCUCUCCAUUCAAACCAGCGCGGGCCAAUCAGGGCCUGGCGCGCCCGGCCGUUCCAACAGCGCGCUGAGCAGCCCGGCUCUGGCCGGCUCCCCCUUGGAGAAGCUGGCGCCGGGGGCGGCGAGCCUGCUACCUCGGUUACCGGCAGCAACACAGCCGCCUCGGGUUGCAGGCGCUCCUGCCCUGCCCACAGCGGGCACCCAUGGAGCGCUCCCUGCACCGCGUCUCCCUCGGGAGCCGGCGCGCCCACCGCGACCUGUCCUUCUACCUCACCACCUUUGGUCAGCUGAAGCUGUCGAUUGAUGCCCAGGACCGGGUCCUGCUGCUCCACAUCAUUGAAGCCAAAGGCCUGAUGAGCAAAGAGCCCGGAGUCUGUGAUCCCUAUGUGAAGAUUUCUUUGAUCCCUGAAAGUAAUCGAAUACAUUCUCAGAAGACGCAGACCAUACCAGACUGCAGAGACCCAGCUUUCCAUGAGCACUUCUUCUUCCCUGUGCCAGAGGAGGAUGGUCAGAAGCGUCUUCUGCUUACCGUGUGGAACAGAGCCAGUAAGACCAGGCAGCGUGCACUCAUCGGCUGCAUGAGCUUUGGGGUGAGGUCCCUUCUGACUCCCAGCAAGGACAUCAGUGGCUGGUACUAUCUUCUUGGGGAGGACAUGGGCUGGACCAAGCACCUGAAGGUGGCCAGGAGGCGGCUGCGGACCCUGAGAGACCCACUGCUGGGAAUGCCAGGAGGUGGAGACACUGAGAACGGGGAAAGACUCCAGAUCACCAUCCCAAGAGGUGAGGACGGCUUUGGCUUCACCAUCUGUUGCGACUCUCCGGUCCGAGUCCAAGCUGUGGAUUCUGGAGGUCCAGCAGAGCGAGCAGGGCUGCAGCAGCUGGACACGGUGCUGCAACUGAAUGAGAGGCCGGUGGAGCACUGGAAAUGUGUGGAGCUGGCCCACGAGAUCCGGAGCUGCCCUGGAGAGAUCAUCCUGCUCGUGUGGCGCAUGGUCCCCCAAGUCAAGCCGGGGCCAGAUGGCGGGGUCCUGCGGCGGGCCUCCUGCAAGUCAACACAUGACCUCCUGUCACCCCCCAACAAGAGGGAGAAGAAUUGUACCCACGGGGUCCAGGCACGGCCUGAGCAGCGCCACAGCUGCCACUUAGUGUGUGACAGCUCGGAUGGGCUGCUGUUCGGUGGCUGGGAGCGCUACACCGAGGUGGGCAAGCGUGGGGGCCAGCACACCCUGCCCGCACUGUCCCGUGCCACUGCCCCCACCGACCCCAACUACAUCAUCCUGGCCCCGCUGAACCCUGGGAGCCAGCUGCUGCGGCCUGUGUACCAGGAGGAUACCAUCCCUGAAGAAUCGGGGAGUCCCACUAAAGGGAAGUCCUACACAGGCCUGGGGAAGAAGUCCCGGCUGAUGAAGACUGUACAGACGGUGAAGGGCCACGGGAACUACCAGGACUGCUCGCUCCUGAGGCCGCACGUCCCGCACUCAAGCUACGGCACCUACGUCACCCUGGCCCCCAAAGCCUUGGUGUUCCCUGUUUUUGUUCAGCCCCUAGAUCUCUGUAACCCUGCCAGGACCCUCCUGUUGACAGAGGAGCUGCUGUUGUACGAGGGGAGGAACAAGGCUGCCCAGGUGACACUGUUUGCCUACUCGGAUCUGCUGCUCUUCACCAAGGAGGACGAGCCUGGGCGCUGCAAUGUUCUGAGGAACCCCCUCUAUCUCCAGAGCAUAAAGCUGCAGGAAGGUUCUUCAGGAGACUUGAAAUUCUGCUUGCUGUAUCUAGCAGAGAAGGCAGAGUGCUUAUUCACUUUGGAGGCACACUCACAGGAGCAGAAGAAGAGAGUGUGCUGGUGCCUGUCGGAGAACAUCGCGAAGCAGCAACAGCUGGCAGCCUCACCUCCCGAGAGGAAGAAACUCCACCCUUACGGCUCUCUCCAGCAGGAGAUGGGGCCGGGCAACUCCACCAAUGCUACCCAGGAUAGAAGCUUUACCUCAUCAGGACAGACUCUGAUUGGCUGAGCAAACCCAAGGGCGGGACUCUGCUUCUGGCAACUUAACCCUUUAUGGGGGCAUCCCUUACCACACAGUAACCUCACCUCAACUGGACCCAAAAUGGAGAACCAAGAUGGUGGGCCUAGGGUCAUCUUCAGGGAGUGGUCCUGAGGGUGUGUGUGGACUGGCAACAGGAGAAGCCCUAUGGGCAUGUGCAGACUGGCAACAGGAAGUUCCUGAUGAAGAAGACUCAGAAGCUUGUUCCCUCCAAGGAGAAGGAGGCUAAAUGGCAUCUGGGCACCCACCUUGGGGGCAGCAGGAGAUUGGGAAAGGUCACCCCAAUGGUGAACAGUGCCAUGACCUGCGUGGCCCGAAGACAUCUCCACCCAUUCACUCACUCUGGGACACAUUCAUUUGUUCAUUCAGUGGAUAUUUGGGGGGAUCUCUCUGGUGGUAGACUCUGUGCUAGGAACUUGGGGGAUACUUUGGAGAACCAAAUGGGCAUGGCUUCUGCUGUCAUCAAGAUUCCAGUCCUAGUAGGGAGUGAGCAUUAAAUAAAUCAACAGCAGCACACAUGUGAUCACACCCUGGGAGAGGUUGUGCAGGAACAGAGCAAAUGCCUUUAGAGGACAUUGUAUCUAGAUUGCUCCUUGUAGGGGUGCAGCUAAGGAAGGACAUAGCUUGUAAAUUGAGACCAAUGGGCUGGAAAGGAGCAAGCCAGCCAAGGACUUGGGAGAAAGUGUUCCAGGUAGAUGGAACAGCAUGCAAGAGUUCCUGGGAUGGGAAGGAGCUUGGUGUGCUGGAGGAGCUAGGAGAGGCCAGUGUGGCUACAGCCUAGUGAGGAGGAAGGAAGGAAGGCCAGGUUGUGUAAGCCUCAGGUGGUGAAUAUUUUAUGGAUCUCAUUCUAGAUGAAGUAGGGAGCCAUGGAAGGCCUUUGAGGGAGUGACACAAUCUCAGGAACAUUUCUACAAAAUCUGAAGGCAGAUAGGAGGGGACCAGGUGGGCAUGGGGCCAGUUAGGGAUCCCCCCUCAGUUCUUCACCUAUGGGGUGAUGGUGCCUUAUGCUGGAGAGUGACUGGGUAUUAGACAUGUGAAUGCCAGACUCUGGGAUGAGAAGAGAUGGAUUCCCUCCUCUACUCUGCCACUGCCCUCAUCCUCCACCUGGUCUUGUGAAUGAGAUUUGGGGCCCUCCUCACAGAGAUGCUUCUGGCCAGGCCUGAGCUAGGGACCAGUACUGAGUUUAGGGAGAGUCCUUGGAGUUGUAGGUGCUUAGUAUUCAGCUUCGUCCCCAGGCCUCUGUAGGCGUUGCCUGUUACCUCUCCAUCCUGUGCUGGGAUAUCUGAUGGGGAGCUGGAACUCAGUGCUCUGACAACACACUUGGUUUUCUUCCUUUGGGGCUCCUAAGGGUCAGGGAUCAGGGCUGGGUGUGGCUCAGCAACUCUUGCAGAGAGCAUCCUGCCACAAGGUGAAAGGAAGACCUACCAAGGGCCAGGGAUGAGAGCCCAGCCUACUUGCUGCCUGCUGCAGCCCCAGCUAGAACUCAGGGUCGGGCCACUCUUCUACCUUUUCUAACUGCUAAGACCUAGAAGGAAGGAAACACACAGUUACAGAAGAGAGACAUGAUUUGCAUACAAAAGGAGUCUAGAUGAUGGGGUCAUUUGCAUAAUAAAAGGGAUCAGAGAAGGUGGAGAGAUGGUUCAGAAGCCCCUAACCAUGGACGUGCUGUAUGUUGUGUAAGACCUCAGUGUCUUUAGAGAUGGUUUUUGUGCCCUUGUGAGUUUGACCAGCUGAACACCAAAAACGUUUCCCUAGAAGAGAGGCUGCUUCUUACCUUCCAUGUAGGAAAAAAUCAGACAUAUUGGUACAACUGUCUAAUAGGGGGCGGGAUGGCUCUGCUGGUGACCAGGCUAAUGCCCCUGCCUAGCGGGGAGACAGAUGUUACCUGGACGGGGAGAAGUGAUUCACAGCAUCUCUGCCUGCCAGGGCUCGGCCCAAAGGGUGAAUCUGAGCAGCUGAGCAGCUGAGUCUGCAGAGACAGCAAGCUGCACUUUGAUUUCAUUUGAUUCUCUUACAAAAUGACAUUAAGGGGAAUGUGAGACAUGGGAGAAUCGCCUGUCUGGGAAGGCAGCACACUUGUCUGACCUGUCUCUGUUCACAGAUAGGUUUAGAGCACAGGCAUUCUGGCCUCAGAGAAAUGGAGAAUCUGAACACAGCAGCCAGCCCUGGGGACAGGACUUUCCUCCCAGUUUGUCCUGACACUCUGCUGAGUGGACCAUACCCUCUCAUCAAGGUCCCAGGCCCGCCAGCCGGUGGGGAAGUGGACGUGUGCUCUUGCUGGGCCUUGGGAUGGUUUGCCCAGCAACUGUGGUGAGCCACAGCGCCAUUGCUGCUCUGCCUUGUGAAUCGAUGCAACUUUUAAUUUGGCUCCACGGGCUCAUGAAGAUGAAAUAUGGCCUGGUGGCCACUGCUCUGCAGCAUCCUGGGCCAUCCCAGCUGUUCAAGAUGAUGAACAAGCUAUCGAAAUUGCAUGUGAGAAUCAUAAUCACGGGAAACAUGGUUGGGCCCCUCCCCACCACAUAAAUUAUGCUAAGAAGCACACAAUGGCCUCUUUCCUGAUGGGCCAAUUGUCUUGGUUUGGUGUCUCAGGACCCAGGAGCUGGGAGGAUGGGAGAACAACCAUGUAUUGUCAAAAAGGCCAUCUGUGUAAUUUGAAUACAAAGUGGCCCUUUUAGUUCCCCACACACCCUCUGAUCCUGUUUUCAUGUGUUCUUACGUCUCAGGCUCUGGGUCUCUUGAAACACUUGUCUCUCCUCUGUGCUGUCAUGCCUGGGUCUUUUGGCCCUUCAGGAGUUGAGACACCAUGGACCUUUAGGAAAUAAUGACACUGAUUUGUGUAUGUCUUUUUCUUAACUCUUUAUUUUAAUGGUUUUUUCCUCCUAAAUUCUGCCACCAAAGCCCUGAUUUGUCACACAUGGUACCAAGGCAUUAAGAAGGUUCUGCAAAGGGGAGGUGCAGGCAGUUUUGCAAUAUGGGAGGGUUCCUCACAGUGAGAACCCCACAGCAUGUACUUUGGAGAUGGCAGCCAGGGUCCCCAGAUGUCAUUUUCCCUAAGCCUGCUGGGAGCCUCACUUUAGGGACAAAAGUGGCCAGACUCUGAGAAAUUAAAUGACUUAUCCUAGGUCACACAGCUGGUAAGUGGCUGAAUUAGUCCUUAAGCUCAGGUCUUCCAGAUUAACCCAUUACUCUUUCUAGAUGUAAAGCUUUGCUUUUAGGAAUAGAAGUAAGAGAAGUCAUUCAUUUCAUCCACAAAGAGCCAGGAGGCUGGUACUAGUGGGUACCAGAAAUGGUGGCCCACCUCGCUGUAAAGGGAAUACUUUUUGGACAAGUAAAAUGAGAUUCCUUAUUCUCCACUUGGUGGAGAAGAACUUCUAGUAUUCAUUUCCCUGUGGGGUGGCACAGGCUGGAAAGAUCAGCUGCUCCCUGCAAGAGGUAAAAAUAGUCUGAUGAGACUGAGCUCCUAAGAUGGGCUCCCAGGGGUGCUGGAAUGGUUGGGUUAUGCUCUUCCCCUUUAGAGUCUGGGAUUCAAGAGGAUCAGCUGAUGCAGAAAUGUUGUCAGAGGCAGAAAGGGACAGCUUCGGGCUCAGGCCUGGCUAUCUGAGCAUCAGCACCAAGAGGCUUUGACCUGAGUCCAGCUGAGAGCCUGCUGCCCCUGGCUCCCUCCGAAGGGUUUUGUGCCCAGAUUUUGCUAAUUGGCUGACUUAAGAUCUCAGCUCUAAGUAACUGAGAAUCAAAUGGAUUGGAUUUUAGCUCUCCCUCUGAAGGAGCAACUUCUUUUCUCCAACAAGCGCAACUGUUUUCCAGGCAGCCUCCAGCUUCCCUGCUUCUCUCCCUCGAUGCUGGUCUGGCUGUGGGUAGACUGCCUUCUUUGCUGUCUUGCUCUUUUUGCUCAUAAGGAACAGAGAACAGCCCUCCUCACUCUGUCGUGUCCUUCUCUUUCCCCAAGCCUGUCUCUGAAGAGGGUUGCUUGCCAUCCCAACCGCCCCCAGAUCUUUGCUUUAGGGUAGAGUGGUAACACUAGGUAAGUUAACGAGCACUUGUUGUGAGCCAGGCCUGGAGUCCACCUUUUGACACACAUUGUCUAUUUUUAUCCUCACUCCAGUCUUAUGAGGUUCAUUAUCCUGUUACACAUUUACUCCCAUUGUACUCAUUUUACAGAUGAGUCUUAGAGAAUUUAAUAAACUUGCCUAAGGUCACGCAGCUGGUGGGUGGCUAGGAUUGCAAUCCAGGGGAGCAUGGCCCUGACUCUUCUGUUUGACUGCUGGGAGGGACUGAGGAGGCUGGGAAGUCACACUCCUACCUAAAGGCCAUCACAGGAAGUGUGAUCUUCUAUAUAAAGCCCAGGUCUCCACUUGGCUCUCCAGGCUCUCUUGGUUACUCUGCCCUUCUGCUUUUGCUCUUGAAGCCUGGCCACACAGAACAAUUUUAUCUUCUCCAAAGUCCCUGUGCCCAUUCAUAUGGAGGCUGUUCCUUCUGUCUGACCAUCUUUGCUGUCCCUGCCAGCUGCAGUCUUCAAACUUGGAGGGUGAACACCUUUCUUAGGCUACAUCAGAAGCCAUUGCUUUCCCUUGUGCUUUCCCAGAGGGUUUUGUUCAUCCUUAGCAUAGUGUGUCAGGCAGAUAUACAAAGAGUGAUCAAAAUAUACAAUGAACAGGUGUCUCAAAGGAAAGUCCAAGCAUAUGGUGGACUAUUUGUGCUGCAGCAGAAAUUUUCUUCUAGAAGGAGGAUGGCAAGUCAGAAAGUCCAAGGUUGGGUAGGGAGGAGGUACCAGGAAAGGAGGACAGGCUGCUGAGAAGGAAAGUAUGGGAAUAGCAGGUCUCUUGUGAGUUAGCAGGGUUCUAUACCAAUAGAACCCUUCAUUACACUCCACAUGUAUGCUUGAUGUCAAAAGUCCUUAUGUGUGCAUUAUAUAAGAUGUGAUCAAAAUAUCAAUGAACAUUUAAGUUAAAAUUUAUUGCAGUAAAAGACACAUUGUCAUUAAUCUCCCUCAAAACAUUCUCCCUUGCUUCAGCACACUUGCCAUUUUUGAAGCAGUUCUGGAAGUUCUGUUUUGUGAAUGUCUUUAUGAGGUUUGAUCAGAAAUACAGUGAAUGUUGCUGCCAAGUGCCAUCCAAUAGAAAGGCAGGCUUAUAAAAACAUUAAGGUAUGUCCUCAUCCAGUUCGUUCUCCAGAUCUGGUACUGUGUGACUUGGUUCUUCUCUAAAGUCAAUAUGACUAUGAAAGGUAAACAUUUGGAAUCAAUUCAGGGCACUGAGGGAAUCACAACAAUAUAACUAAAGACACUCACGAAAGAGGACUUCCAGAAGUGCUUCAGACUAUAGCAAAAACGAUGGGAUAAUUGUGUUCAAACUGAAAGGGAUUAAUGGCAAAGUGUCUUUUACUGUAAUAAUUUUUUUUUAAAUUUGAGCACUUACUGGAUUUUUUGAGCAUGCCUUAUACACUGCCUGCAAGACUGGGAGCUACCUGGGAACAAGUGGAGGGCAUGUCUGACUUGCCUUUCAUUCUGUUAUUGCCUGGUCCAUAGUAGGUGCUCAGUACAUGUUGGAGAAUUGAGUUGGAUUGUUCAGUUCAACCCUCCUAUAUUUAGAAUAUAGAUGAGGAAACAGGAUCUAAAAGGGGAACUGACCUGGCCAAGUUAGUAUCAGACCAGGAGUAGAACUCAGAUCAGCUGACUCUCUUGGCUGAGAGCUUUUUCUGUCACCCCAUAGCUUUGCAGUUGCCACAGCAAGCCUGGAUCUGCCCACUUGGCUUAUGAAGCAGUCUGGCCAAGUUCACAUCAGGGUCAUGGGUAACAUAUUCCCAUACUGACAUGGGGCAUCCCCUGAGAAAAGGAUGUCUCAUAAGAACUGUUGCUAUGUUUGUCUUCUCCAGGUUUUGGGGUUCCCCUCUCACUGAACCUUUUCCCUCAGAAAAUCAGAGUAGGAUUCUGAAGCAAGAGCGGUCAAGAGACUUACUGUGUGACCUCAGGCAAAUAACUUCACAUAUCUGGUCAUUUCUUCCUUACCAAGAAAAAUGAAGGAGCCAGGUGGUCUCCAGGAAUCACCAGAUCCCAAACUAUUAGGAUAAAACAAUAAGGAUCAGAAUAGAGAAAAGGUGGAGACCCUCUCUAACCUUUCCAACUACCAGUUUAUGGCAUGAAGCUAAUUUUCAAGUAGAGUAUGUACUAAUUUUUCCUUUCUAGAGUGGUUAGACGUCUCCCUCAGAAGUUGCCAUUGAAUUUUUUAUUGCCUUUGGCACCCAUCUCUUAUACUAUGCAGACAACACUAUUCUAGAUACAUUUUCUAAAAAGAUAUCUUUUAAAUGUUAGAGGUUUUCCAUUUUGGUUUAAUUCUAUUAUUGCAAUACAGUUUUUCUACCCUUUCGUCUUGGUGGAAGAACAUUGAGGGUUAAGCAGGUUUGCCUAGGAAACUGGCCACGGUUUAUGAUGCAAUUGCAAUGGGAAAAUGUGUUCUGAGCCCUGUAAUCAACUCUCAGAAGACUUCGGGAACAAAAUCCAACAUGUAGCUAAGAGCAGAGAGAGUUAUGUUAAGUAACUUAUGUUAAGUAACUAGAAAUUUGGUAGAACCAUAGAAUCUUUGAGUGCGAACUGAAAAGCUUUGUCUGAGAGACACUAAGACCAGAGGGAGGCAAGAACUUAGCCAAGGACACAGAGUUGGUGACAGAAAGUUGGGGGUGUGGAAGGGACACAGGUGGCCUUAGAUGAUUCUCCUCCUCUCACUCAGCAACCUACUGUGCUGUGUCGUAAGCUACCACUUUGGGCUGUAAUGGAAAUAGUGAGAAACCAGUUCAGCUAAUAAUGAAGGAAGAGGUUGUCUAGCCAGCUGUCUUGUCUAGAAAUUCCUGGCUCACUCUUGCUGGAGUGGAAUGAAUGGGCUGCUAUGUUUUACCUGGAGCUUGGAGCGCAGUGGGACUUGUGGAAACGCUCCCUGCUGUGUGUUCUAAAAACAGCAGUAGGACGGAGCUGAGGGGAAGAGGAGGGGGCUCCUUGGGGAGAUGGGUGGGUACGUCUCCCCCCUUCCUCUUCCUGCCAGGCCCUAAGUAAGGAAGACCCACAGAUUUACAGAAUGCAGAUCUGGGAGGGUCUCGGAGCCCUCACCCGCCUCCUCAUACCAACCAAGAGACACAGGGGAGGAAAGGACUGGCCAGCAGUCACUGGGCUGGAGCUGGUCCCACAAGGCGCCUAUUUUCCUCCCGCUGUUUCAGAGGGCGGCCUCAGGCCUUGUGUAGAUUUCUUCAUUGCCUCUGGGUGCAGAGUGCCUGGGAACUCCUGGGGCCGGAUGCGGUUGGGCUUCCUGAGAGUCGCCCGGCAGGCGAGGAGUCCCCUGGCUAGUUCACCCUGUGCCCUGACCUCAGCCAGCUGGCCUUCAGCGCCAUGCCUUCCUCUUGCUGAGUCCCCUCCCUUGCUGACUUGUCCUCCUGACGCCUCUCGCACCAUCUGCAGGAAGGCAGGAUAGGGGCCAGCGCAGCACCGGCCUGCAGGAGAGAGGGCCUCAUGGCUCAGGUCUAUUUCUUGCCCCUCCGGGGAACAGGCGGAGGCAGCUAAGGGGCUGGGGCAGCGCUGCCGCUCCUCAGCUGAGAGGUUUCUGUAAAUCGAGGAGGGAACCCCCACUGCACACAUUAUCUCUUGUGCCGAGCGAGCUGCCUGGCAGGGAAUAAGUUCUCAGAAAUGGGAGCGACCAUCGAGACAUCAAGGGGUGAACACGUGUCUGACUCUGUAUCCUCCUUCCUGCGGGUCUCCUUCCCUCAGAGCCUGGCAGUUAUCGCUGGUAUUUUUAAAAUCCAGUUGACUUUUUUGUUGCAUUGCAUAAGUAAUUGAUGUAAUAGUGUUUAUUAUAAAGAAAACAUUUAAUACAGAUGAGCCAGGAGAAGGAAAUUAGGUUUAUCCCUAAUUCCAGAACCCAGAGAUAACAUUUUGGGGUGAAUCUUAUCAGGUUGUUUAUACUCAUAUGUAUCUUAUUUGUAAAAUGGGGUUACUGGUGCAGUUUUCUAACUUGCUUUUUUCCUUUUAGCAAUGUAGUGUAUCCAUGUUUCCCUGUCAAUAAAUAUUCUUCCAUGGCA